AUGGCAGCCAUGACGGAGCCGGCGAGGGUCUACACCGUCUCGGGCGGGUCGGCCGCCACGUCGGGCGCCGGCGGUACAUCGGCCAACUCGACCUCGCUGCCCGACAUCCUUCGCCGCUCCGGCUCCUCGGUCAAGCGCAAGCGCAGGCGCACCGCCAUCGCCAACAACGAGAUCCUCUCCCGCAUCGAGCUCAUCCAGGACUUUGAGUUCCCAGAGGCCAGCAACAAGAUCCGCAGCACCCGCGACGGGAACAACAUCGUCGCAACAGGCACCUACAAGCCACAGAUACGCGUGUGGGAGUGCGAGCAGCUCAGCCUCAAGUUUGAGAGGCACACCGACGCCGAGAACGUCGACUUUCUCAUGCUCUCCGACGACUGGACGAAAUCGCUCCACCUCCAAGGCGAUCGGUCCUUGGAGCUCCAGACGCAGGGCGGCGCCCACGCCCGGGUGCGGCUGCCCCGCUUCGGCCGCGCGCUAGGCUACCACUUUCCCUCGGCCGACGCCAUCGUGGGUGCGGCCGGCCGCGAGGUCUACCGCCUCAAUCUCGACCAGGGACGCUUCCUCGCCCCCUUUGUGCUCGGCGGGUCCGACGGCGGCAACGGCGGCGCGGAGGUGACGGGUUGCAACGCCGUCGACGUCAACCCGGCGCACGGCCUGCUCUGCUUUGGCACCGAGGGGACCGGCGUCGUCGAGCUGUGGGACCCGAGAGCGCGGCGGCGGGCGGGCGUCUUGAGCGUGGCGACGCCCUCGGUCAUGGACGCCGCGUUCAUGGUGGCCCGCAGGGCGCUGCCCGGCGUGCUGCCAGACGACAACGAGCAGGCGAUCCAGAAGGAGGCCCUCUCCUCGCUCGCCGUCACGGCCAUCAGCGGCGCAGAGGACGGCCUCAACCUCGCCGCCGGCACCAACACCGGCCACGUCCUCCUCUACGACCUGCGCAUGGAGCGGCCCUACCAGACCAAGGACCAGGGCUUCGGCCUGCCGAUCAAGUCGCUCUCGUGGCCCGGCGACAAGGCGUCGUCGCGCGCCGGCGGCGUCGGCCCGCGCACCCGCUCCGAGGCCGAGGGCAAGGUGCUCAGCGCCGACGCCAAGGUGGUCAAGGUGUGGGACAAGGAGACGGGCGACAACCUCGUCUCGGUCACGCCGCCUUCGUCGGCCACCGACAUCAACGACAUCCACCACUACCCCGGCACCGGCCUGCUGAUGGCCGCCGUCGAGGGCACGCAGAUGGCCGCCUGGUACGUCCCGGCGCUCGGCCCGGCGCCCAAGUGGUGCAGCUACAUCGACAGCCUCACCGACGAGAUGGACGGCGUCGAGGGCGGCGGGGCGGGUUCGGGCAAGGGCGUGUACGAGGACUUCAAGUUCCUCGACCGCGCCGAGCUCGAGCGGCUGGGCAUGUCGCACCUCGUCGGCACGCAGCUGCUGCGCCCCUAUAUGCACGGCUAUUUCGUCUCGCUCGGCCUGUACGACAAGGCGCGGCUGCUGGCCAACCCGACGGCCUUUUCCGACGCCCGCGAGCGUGCCAUCAAGGCCAAGCUCGAGAAGCGCGCCGAGAGCCGCAUCCGCGCCGUCAAGAACGCGCCAAAGGUGGGCGACUCGGUGCGCGUCAACCGCGAGCUGGCCGAAAAGGUGGCCAAGGACGCCGCCGUCGAGGCCAGAAAGGCGGCCAGGUCGGGCGGAGAGGCCGAGGCCAAGGCCAAGCCCGGCGCCACCAACCUGCUCGAGGACUCGCGCUUCAGCAAGCUCUUCACCGACCCGGAGUUCCAGGUCGACACGUCGACGCGCGAGUUUGCGCUGCUCAACCCGGGCGCCGCCGACAAGCAGGGGCAGCAGCGCGACGGCCCGCGGAAGCUCACGGCCGUCGAGGACGAGGAGAACGAGAGCGACCGCGAAUCGCUCGACCCGGACCAGGAGGACGAGAUGAGCGAGAGCGACCACGACAGCGACAGCAGCGACGACGGCGACCUGGGCCAGUUCGACCCGCGCAAGGGCGGCACUGCGGCGCCGCUGCCCAAGUUCGAGCCGGAGCGGCUGGCGUCGCGCAACGGCGCCGCCAAGCCGGAGCGCGGACGGCCGCGCAUGGUCGACUCGGACGAGUCCGACAUCGGUUCGGACGAGGCCGAUGUCGACGUCUCGCGCGCGCGCAAGCCUAGCGGCGGCAAGAAGCGCACGUUCGAGGAUCGACUCAAGAGCCGCAGCUCGCGCACCUCGACCUCGCGGCGGGGCGGCGACGACGACGACUUCGACGCGGCGGCGGCGGCGGCGGCGGGCGGCGUCGGCAGCCAGAGCUUCACCUGGACGCCUUCGCGCGACUCGCAAAAGGCGUGGGACGACGAGGCGGCCGAGAAGAAGAAUGCCAAGGCGGCCAAGAAGAAAAAGGACGCCGACAGCUUUGGCGCCGGCCUGUCCAAGGGGGGCGGCGACGAGGGUCAGGGCGUCGAGGCCCUCUCGGACGACGCGCGCUUCGGACGCAAGAAGCGGCGUGCGCCCGGCCGCAGCGCCAGCAAGAAUGCCAUGCGCGGCCAAUGA